CCGAUUACUGAUUCAUAAUCUGCACUUAGAUUGAUUGUCCAAUUAUAUAAUCAUGAUAAUAAAUGGACAACGGUAACAAUUAACUUUACACAAUUUCAAGUGUCGUUGUUACUAAAUAUAUAAUAAUGAUAAAGGAAAACGAGAAUAACAAUAAUCAACUAAUUCACUUCUGAUAUCACACUCACUUUGAUUACAAUUAAAUCCACAGCGGAUUUACAGUUACCCGAUUAUUUUAUAUUAAAUCACUCAGGCCAAGGAUGAUCAUGAUGAUGAGAGAGAUGAUUAUUCAACUUAUCAUCAUCAUCAUCAUCAUUUAAUUGUAAUAAUGGUCUUCCUCUCUCUCUCUCUCUCUUCCUUAUAAUUUGAUAAUCAUGAUACAACAAUUUUGUUAAUCAACAGAUCAUUUUGUGAUUUAACAUUAAAGUGAUAACAUUUAGUUAGUGACUAGAAAAUAUACCAACUGGAUUAAUAUUUGACCAACACUAAUUUAAUCACCAUCAGCAAAACCAUUCAAACAAUUUAAUCAUCAAGUUUAAUGACAUUAAAGUGAAAUUUAAUCAAAAUGAGCCUUUCAAUUUACUCCAAUAUUUGUAAAACUUUAACUCUUCACCUUAUAAUUUGUUGUCUUUCUUGUUGUUUGACCAAUGGUCAGUAUUACAACGAUCCUUAUCCAGCGACUUCAUCAAUUAAUCGUUUUGGAUAUCGCUACGGAAAUAGUCCUAACUAUGGAUCUAAAUUUGGUUACCCUUACAAUUCCGGACAAUAUUAUGACCCCAAUAGACCAAUGGUAAACUCAGCUGACCCUUUGGUUGAUGCAAACAAUUACUGGAGACAUUACCGUGAACGUUACCCACCAAGUUAUCCCACUUCCGCUUAUCCAUCAUCAUCCAUGCAAAUGUAUUCAACUUCAGUGUCAUCAUCACCCAUGAAUCCAAUGUCCCAAGGUUUACCUCCACUCUCUCAAUCAAUGCUCCCACCACCACCACCUCCUCCUCCUCCAUCAUCACAACAAAUGUCUCCUCCUGGAUCUUCAUCUUCAUCCUCUUCUCCCUCUGGUCAAGGAUCAUCCGGAUCACCACAACAAUCACCUUCAUCCCAAUCCCCUCUUUCUGGGCCAUCAUCCAUGUCCGGUCAGCCUCCGAUAUCAAACUUUGAUACCAAAUACGGUUUACUUCCGGGUCCAGCCAAUUUCGCCGAUAGUACCGUUACUUUUGACCAUAGGUUUGGUUGGGUUCCAAGGUACCCUAACUAUGUCCUUCCCCCUGGGGCUAAUUACUUUCCGUCCACAGGUCAUCCAUAUUCUUAUCCAUCUAAUCCUCCUUAUCCAAAUCAUCGAGUGGCUCGUGGAGUUGCUGAAAUUAGAGGAUCGGACAAUAAAGUAACAGGAACAAUUAAUUUCGAGCAAGAGGAAAAUGAACAUGUGAUUAUCAGAGGAAAAAUUCUUGGUCUUCCUCCGGGUGCUCAUGGAAUGCAUGUUCUUGAGAAGCCAUUGACUGGAAAUGAUUGUUCAUCAGGAGGUGAUCAUUAUAAUCCUCAGAAAACUGAACAUGGUGGUAAACAUGAUUGGAUCCGCCAUGUUGGAGAUUUGGGUAAUAUCUUUGCCGAUCGAGAUGGAAUCGCCUAUUUUGACCUGACAGAUCAAAUAAUCAGUCUAACGGGAGGCUAUUCAGUUUUCAAUCGAACCAUUGUUAUUACUGAGAAACCCGAUGAUUUAGGACGUUCCGGUGACCUUGAAAGUAAAAGAACCGGUAAUUCUGGAUCAGCGAUCGCUUGUGGUACAAUUCAAGUAGCGAAAUUUUAACCAAUUAAUUGACUUUAAUCACUCGAAAGCCCACCAUUAAUUUCCUCUUUCUUUUCGAUCUCUCUCAUUUCUUUGAUCCGUUAAUCUUUUUCAUUCCUUAAUCCAUUUUCAAAAUCUUUCCUAUUCUGUCACUGAUUAAACCAUCAAUGGUUCAUCAUCCAAUCCAAUCACUUUUUUACAAUUAAGUUGAUCAUGUAACUUUUAAAUUGAUGAGAUUAAAUGUAUAACAAAUUGUU